AACGAGGGCUUCGGGUUACUGGGCGUUAAUGGAGCCGGUAAAAUCACGACAUUUAGAAUGUUCAGUGGAGAUCUGUUGACGUCGGGCGGUGACGCUUUCAUCAGCAAUUGCAGCUUGAAGGCAAGCGUCAAAAGGUUCAGUGGCGGGAACAGGCGAAAGUUACCGGUUGGCCUAGCAAUACUGGGAGGUCCUCGAGUGAUCCUUUUAGACGAGCCGACGGCAGGAGUCGACCUUGAAGCUCGACGAGAGAUCUAG